AUGGCUCCCGGUAAAGCCCAUAAACAGAAUACAGAAGCACAGGAACCGGUGGACGAAGCUGAAGCAUGUCGGAGUGAUGUAUGCCGUUCGCACAUGUCAGUGGAAACAUUAAAGAACCUUUGCUCUCAGUUGAACUUGAGCACAGAAGGGAACAAGGCCGACCUGAUAGAACGCCUCACGUGUGUCGGUGAUAUGACCCAACUACUACUAGGUCAUUUAAGGGAAAGUGGAGAAAAUAUAGAAGGCGGGGUAUUUGAGGACACUCAGGAUGAGGAUGAAGCCAUGCAGGGAGAUAUGUUUCAGGAAGAAUGCCCAUCUUUCGAUAGGUCACUUCAGCCAUUGGGUGAGGAAGAGUCACGUGUCAAGAGGACCAAAAAAGCAGGGAAGGAGUUCAAGGACACAUCUGACAUAAAAACAUUGUUGAGAGAAAUUAAACAUUUGCGUGAGGAUGUUAAUAUCAUUUCAGGACGAAUUGAAUCAUCAAAGGUGAGAGCUGAGAUCCAUAAAAACUGGCCUGAUAUAAAGUUUGAGAGGUCAAGAGAUCAGUUUGAAUAUAAUGUACUGUGUGCGAUUGGACAUGAUUUAGAUUUGGCAUUAAGUGCCUCAACAGAGGAUAAGGCAAUUCAACACAUUGAGGAUGCAAGAGUGAAAACACUUGAUAGAACGGAAGUAGCAGUUGAGCUACCGCAAUCAAAAAAUGAAGGUUUAUCAAUAUAUGGUGAAACGAUAGAACGUGUGAGACAAGUAGCAAACAUAAAACAACAGAGUAAGAGAAAGUAUUCGAGUGAGGGGCGGUUUUUUCGGGGUUCCGAAUUUUAUGAUAAUUCAAGGUCAAAACAUGGAAGACAAGAGCCUUAUUACUCAGAAGGAGGGAAAAUAGGCCCCAUAUGGCAGAAAGAGAAAGAAAUAAUGCCUUCUCAUGCUACAACUGUGAUGGAUUGGGGCACUAUGCAAAUAAUUGUUCCUCAAGAUCGGACAGACGCCCAUUUGGAAGAAAGGCAAGCCAAUCUCAGGAGACAUCGGGAUAUACUGCACAAAGCAGAAACUCAAGCUAACUACUCUCGGGCCCCCAUGAAUUCGCGAGGAUUCAAUGCACCUUACAAGAUUCAACUCAUGAUGGCAUUGUCCAACCACAGAAGCCGUCGAUUGUUUUACUCAAAACUGGAAAGGAGAAAUAAAUUAUGUCUGUGCACCUUUAGGCCAAUUGGACUGUGUGUUUCAUCAUGUAAUGGAAUGUCAAGCAACAACAACAAUUAUCGUACCAAUCUGGACUUCAGCUCCUUGGUGGCCGAUUAUGUUGCAUCACCUACAUCGGGAGAUAGUACUUCCAAAUUCAGAAGAAAUUUUCCUUCCAAGCCCAAAUGGAUCAAUAGAGCCAUUGAACAACCGAAAUUGGAAGUUUAUGGCAAUACAAAUGAUUUUCUAAAUGGGCUAUUAGUACAGGCGCAUAAUGUUCUGUUACCAAGAUCAUCAUAUGACCAUAAAUUAAAGGCAAUCUGGGGAGAUUUCAUUGACUUUUGUAACGCAUACAAGCUAGUUGCCUUACCAGCAUCUCAAGAAAGUUUAUUAGCAUACCUAAUUUGGUCAGAUAUACGUGGAAGAACAUUAAAACCUUCUCUAGUACUAACAGCGAUAUCAAACCAACACAAUGCACAAAACCUACCAGACCCCACAAAAUGUUAUAAA